GGCACGGCGACCCACCAUGAGCUUCACCUCCGACGCCGCAGCCGCAGAGUCGUAAGUCCGCCCCCGUGAGGCGCUUCUCCAUCGCAGUGGUGUGGGCUACUUCAUAGCUACUGCACUAAUACAGGCUGACGAGCGGCGCCAUGACGUACGAGAUGGUGUUGAGCCGGCUGGGCGAGUUCGGCCGCUACCAGCGGCGCAUCUACCUGCUGCUGUGCCUGCCCGCCAUCUCCUGCGCCCUGCACAAGCUGUCCGGCGUCUUCCUGCAAGCCAAGCCUCUCCACAGGUGCCGGCUGCCCUACGAGGGUCCCGACCCGGAGUACUCGCUGCCGGCAGCGCUGGUCAACAUGACGCUGCCCUGGGACGAGCGCGCCGACGCCUGGUCCUCCUGCCGACGCCUCGACGCCGACUUCGAGGCGGAGUACUUCGAGUACGGCGUGCCCUCGAACGUCUCCGUGCCCUGCGAGUCCUACGUCUACGACACCUCGCAGAUUUCCAGUAGCGCGACCACCGACUGGGACCUGGUGUGCGGCAGGGAGUGGCUGCGAGCGACCGCGGACGCGUGCGUCAUGCUGGGAGUCCUGCUGGGAGCAGUAACGUUCGGUGCUCUGUCCGACAAGUACGGCCGUCGCAAGGUGUUCCUCGUGUCGCUGGUGCUGCAGGUGACCGCCGGCUUCAUGGUGGCCGGUGCGCCCGAGUACUACUCGUUCGCCUUCAUGCGGCUCAUCAUCGGUAUGACGUCAUCCGGCGUCUUCCUCGUCGCAUACGUGCUCGCGAUGGAGAUGGUGGGGCCGAGCAAGCGGACGCUGGCGGGCGUGGGCUGCCAGACCUUCUUCACGCUGGGCUACAUGCUGACCGCCGCGAUCGCCUACCUCAUCCGCGACUGGCGGCUGCUCCAGGUGGCGCUCACCGCGCCCGGCAUCCUCUUCCUCUCCUACUGGUGGUUCGUGCCGGAGUCUGCGCGCUGGCUGCUGACGCAGGGCCGGCCGGAGGAGGCGAAGCAGAUGCUGCGGCGCGUCGCGGCGGUCAACGGCGUCGCGCCCCCGGACGCCCUGCUGGAGCGCAUGCUGCCCGCCGAGAAGCCGCCCAAGGACGCCAGGCAGCCCUCGCUGCUCGACCUCAUGCGGUACCCCAACAUGCGGCGCCGCGCGCUCAACAUCUUUUUCAACUGGUUCGUGAACAACGUGACGUACUACGGGCUGUCUUGGAACACGUCCAGCCUGGGCGGCAACGAGUACCUCAACUUCUUCAUCUGCGGCGCGGUCGAGAUCCCGGCCUACACGUUCCUGCUGCUGACGCUGAACCGCUGGGGCCGCAAGAGCAUCCUGUGCGGCAGCAUGCUGGCCGGCGGCGCCGUGCUGCUGCUCACCGCCGCCGUCCCCGAAGAUGCUCUGUGGCUGAAGAUAACGCUGGUGAUGGCGGGCAAGCUGGCGGUGACCGCAUCGUACGGCACGGUGUACAUCUUCACGACGGAGCAGUUCCCCACCGUCAUCCGCAACGCGGCGCUGGGCACGAGCUCCAUGUGCGCACGCGUUGGCGGCAUCAUUGCGCCCUACCUCAACUUGCUGGCAGGUGUGUGGGCUCCAUUGCCACAGCUGCUGUUCGGUGUGCUGACACUUAUAGCUGGAGUGCUGGCACUGCUGCUGCCAGAGACACUCAACAAGACCCUUCCUGACACCAUUGAGGAGGGCGAGAAGUUUGGCAUGAAAGCAGCAGAAGAUAUUGAAAAGGCACCAGCAGAGACAGCUAAGAAAAGUUCUAAAGCAAUUCUAAUAAUAAAAAGACACACAUGAUGCUUGUCACUUGAAUGUAUGGUAGUAGAGAGAACUUGAAUUGCAAAAGAACAUUGAGUAAGACUGAUUACAUGAUAUGAAAGUUUGUAUAUGUAUAUACAGCACAAUUCAGGGAGUAGUAAGUAAUGUGCAGUCAGUGCAAGAUGGAUUGUUUUCCACAUGUAAUUUUGACAGACUGCAGUAGCUUGGGCAUGUUAUGUACUAAGCUUAAUCUCUACGUGUAGCUUUAUAGUGAAGUAUUAAAGUUGUUACCAGAGACAGCUUCUGUAGCACAAUAAUUAGUCAGAAUUUAUGUAGUUAAUACAUAAUUAGUUUUAUCAGCAAGCAAAUAUCAUCCUUCAUACAAAUAAUUUUCAUCCCAACAGGUAAUUUAUUUAAGAGGAGAGGUUAUCUCCAAUUUUUCACAGUGGCUUAUUUAUCACAUAUAGAUCUCAAAUGCUUGAGAGAUUAAGAGUACAGAAAAAUCUAAUAUUUUAUCCAUUAGUACACAAAGUACUAAUAUUGCUAGGUAAUUCUAGAAUCUGGAUUCAUUCAUUACUCAUCUGUCAUUGUUUCAGAUGCAUUUUUCCAUUUUUGAUCUUCUUUUUGUCUGCUUCCCUGACAGUUUAUUUUCUGUGACAUCUUUAUCUCAUAUCACGCACCUAUUCCUUCAAUAUUUGAAAGCUUCAUUUCUCAUAUCUACAUCUAACAAGUUAGUGAUCUUAGCUAAUUUGUUAGCUUCAUACAAUUAACCCUCAGAAUUAUUACUAACUGUUCUUCCUGUAAACUCCAUUCUUGUAAAUAUUCUGGUGAUGUGUUUUCUAUCUAUGAUACCAAUGUUGUGAACAUUAUUAGGUGACUGUGCAAGUAGACCUACCAUGUCUUAUGCUGAGCUGCCAUUGGUUGAUGUAAAUCUCAUAUUAAUUAACUGUGUACACUAUUCAUUGUUAAAUGAAGAAGAAAUUUGAUUUCUAAUUCUGGAAAUCAACAAUUUUAGAAAUUUUUUUUUGUCUUUAUGAGUGUGAAAGUUAUGAACUUUGUUUAUAAGUUCGCAA